AAGUGCUAUCACUAUUUUUUGAAAGUGUUAAGUGCUAUCUCUAGGUUGUGCAUAGUAGUACUUCUAGUGGUGGUGUUUUCUAUCCUUUUUCUUUCAACAAUGGAUUUGAAAGUAAUAACUCUCUGUUACAUUCUUCCCUUAUUAUUUUUGGUAUCUUCAGCGGAAGAUGUGACUCUUAGCGUGAGAGGGGUGACAAAUAUUGCUACGACAGAUGAAAAUUUUAUAUGUGCAACCUUAGAUUGGUGGCCUUCUAACAAGUGUGAUUACAACCAAUGUCCAUGGGGUCAAGCUGGCAUUCUCAAUCUGGACUUGGGAAACAAGAUUUUAUCAAAUGCUAUUAAGGCAUUUAAUCCCCUGAGAAUCAGAUUAGGCGGUUCACUACAAGAUCAGAUUAUUUAUCUGUUUGGGAAACAAAAGAAAUGCCCCAAUAUUAGAAAGAAAGAUGAUGGUCUAUUUGGUUUCAGCAAAGGCUGCCUUCCCAGGAAGAGAUGGGAUGAAUUAAAUGAUUUUUUAAACAAAACUGGAGUGAAAUUCACUUUCAGCCUGAAUGCCCUCAUUGGAAAGCAUAACACAAAGGAGGACAAGUUGAACUGGGUGGGGAAAUGGAACCCAACAAAUGCCAUAAGUCUCAUGAAAUACACAGUUUCAAAAGGAUACCAAAUAGACUCAUAUGAAUUAGGAAAUGAGCUAUGCUCUGAAGGGGUAUCUGCUAGAAUAGGCAGUGUUCAAUAUGCUAAAGAUAUCACUAAGCUCAGACGUAUAGUGAAUCGACUAUACCCAAAUCCUAAGUCAAGGCCAAAGGUGUUAGGCCCUGCUGGUUUCUAUGGUAAAGAGUGGUUUGAAAACUUCUUACAGAAUGUAGGACCUGGUGUGGUUGAUGGAGUGACCCACCACAUUUACAACCUUGGUGCUGGUGUUGAUAAAACUCUAAUCAACAAAGUUCAGGAUCCAUAUUUCUUGAGCCAAAUCACUCAAACUUUCAAAGAUGUCUCCGUAGCGGUCGAGGAAUUCGCGCCAUGGGCAGGACCAUGGGUUGGGGAGUCCGGUGGAGCCUAUAACAGUGGUGGAAAAGAUGUGUCACAUACUUUCGUUAAUGGAUUUUGGUACUUGGACCAGCUUGGAAUGACAUCAACCUUCAACCAUAAGGUUUAUUGCAGACAAACUCUGAUUGGUGGAAACUAUGCUUUGCUAAACACCUCAACCUUCAUUCCUAACCCAGAUUAUUAUGGAGCUCUUUUGUGGCAUCGGCUAAUGGGAAGCAAUGUGCUAUCUGUAUCUCAUGAAGGGUCUCCAUAUUUGCGUGCAUAUGCUCAUUGUUCUAAGAAAAGACCUGGUAUCACUGUGCUCCUCAUAAACAUGUCCAACUCCACCUUCAAUGUCUCCAUUGUUAAUGACAUGAAUAUGUACCCGCCGGAGGACACAAAUGAAGGAAUUGUACUAACAAGUAUUCCAAUCAGCUCAACUGAUACACAAAUUAGGGAAGAGUAUCACUUGACACCCAAAGAUGGAAACAUUCAAAGUGAUGCGGUGUUGUUGAAUGGAACUCCACUGAAGCUGACCAAGUCAUUGGACAUCCCAGAAAUGAAACCACUGCUAGUUGAUGAUCCAUCAUCUUCUCCAAUCAAAGUAGGGUCUCAUUCAAUCGUGUUUGUACACCUCAAGAGCUUCAAUGCACCAGCAUGUGCUAAUUCCAGUUAGUUAGCAUAUAUGCAAAUCAACAACAAAUUAUUUCCUUUAUGUUUUUCCUAGGCCAUUUAAUUAUUCCUUUUAUAUUUGGUACCUUAUAUGCAUAUUUUUGCUGGUGUUCUUCACUAGUUUUAUAAUUCAUAUGCUUGAAUAAAUGUUUUAUUUAAAUUAGUUCAUCGUCAUAAACAAUUAUUUCAAAUUAUAAAUAUUUCCGGUUGAAGUAUGCAGUAUCUCUUUGCAUCCACCCCAUCCUCCCUCUAUGCCUCCAUUGCAACCACUUUUACAUGGAAAACCACAUGCUUUUUGCAUGCCAAAAAAUUUCAGAUGACAUCAGUAUC